GGGGCAAGGUCCAGGCUGGGCGCGAAGCGAGGAGCCAGCAGGAAGUGGAGGCGGCCAGAGCAGAGCUGGACACUCAGCCCUGCGGAUCUAGCACGCCCCGUCUUGCGUCCGUCCCCCGAGGAUGGGGGUGCUCAGGAUGGGGCUUUGCCCGGGUCUCACCCAGGAGAUGAUCCAGCUGCUGAGGGGCAUGGGCAUCAAGACAGUGGUGGACCUUGUGUCUUCAGACCUGGAAGAAGUGUCUCGGAAAUGUUGCUUGUCUUAUAAGGCCUUAGUUUCUGUGAGGAGGGUCCUGCUGGUUCAGUUCUCCUCUUUCCCCUUCAAUGGUGCUGAUCUCUAUGAAGAGCUCAAGACCUCCACUGCUAUCUUGGCCACAGGCAUUGCAAGCCUGGAUAAGCUGCUGGACUCUGGCCUCUACACUGGAGAAGUCACAGAAAUCACCGGCCCCCCAGCCAGUGGCAAAACCCAGGUGUGCCUCUGCACAGCUGCCAAUGUGGCCUACAGCCUAGGUCAGAACGUCCUGUACAUCGACUCCACCGGGGGCCUGAUGGCCUCACGCCUCCUCCAGCUGCUGCAGGCCAGGACUGAGGAUGAAGAGGAGCAGGCAGGGGCUCUGCAGAGGAUCCACGUGGUACGUGUGUUUGACAUCUUCCAAAUGCUGGACGCGCUACAGGACCUCCGGGGUACCAUCUCCCAGCAGGUCACCAGUGCUUCGGGGCCGGUAAAGAUAGUGGUGGUGGAUUCAGUCUCCGCAGUGGUCUCCCCUCUUUUGGGGGGCCAGCAUAGUGAGGGUUUGGCCUUAAUGAUGCAGCUCGCCCGAGAGCUCAAGACCCUGGCCCGGGAACUGGGAAUUGCAGUCUUGGUGACUAACCAUGUGACCAGGGAGCGAGACAGUGGGAAGCUCAGACCAGCCCUGGGCCGAUCCUGGAGUUUUGUCCCCAGCACCCGAGUGUUCCUGGAAGCCCGAGAAGGGCCCGGAGCCCCUGCUGGCUGCCGUGUGGCCUCUCUGACCAAGUCUCCGCGCCAGCCCACAGGAAUCCAGGAGGUCAUAGAAAUUGGAAGCUGUGGGACUCCAGAACAGAAUUCCUCAUUGGAAGGGAGCAAGCCAUAAACAUAUCACCCCUUUGGAACAUGAGGAGGGGUCAAAGGCUCCCUGUCAUCCAGUUCCCAGAGAGGAAACUAGCAGUCACAAAGAAGACAGAGAAGGCAUGGGAUAGUCUGGAGAAAGUGCUGGACCGGGUCGAGGAAGGAGCCAAGUUCAAAUCUUGCUGCUGAUACUGUGAACAUGGGCAAGGGGCUUUGCCUCUCUGGGCCUCAGUCUCCUCAUCUGUAAAAUGACAGGGUUGGAUUAGGUGAGCUGAGGUCCCUUCCCGUUCUAAAUCUACGAUCUAUGCCCCAUGUAACUGCUGAAGUCACAGGUGGCCCAGCAUGAGGGAGCCAGAGUGGAAACCUCAUCCUGAGGCUGGAGGGCCUGAUCUGGGAAGGGAAGGGCAUCCCUGGCUGCAGUGAGAUCUCCGCAGCAUCCCUGGUAGGAGAUAACUUGGAGCCGCAGGUGAUGGAGACAAUCUGAAGUUGGUACCUGAGCCUUACCUUGCUCGAGUUCUAUCAUUUCUCUGUCUCUGAGAGCAAUUGGCUGAAAGUAGCUCAUCUUUGGCACCCUCGGAAAGGUGAGCCAACAGCUGGAUACAAGAGUCUUGCCAGCUGGGGUCAUGAUCGAUUGUUUAUAUCCCAUGUCAUCUCCACUGUGCCUCAGUUUCCCCGAACUGUAAACCAGGACUGGCACACCGCCAAGAGGAGCUGCUUCUAAACGCUACAGAUGGAAACAGUUCCUUCCCUUUGUCCCUGACCUAAAGGACAAGAAAGAAAUCUAGUAAGCAGCUCUGACCCAAAGCCACCUAAUUUCCCCUCAAUGACGCGUAUAUCGUUUUCUCCCUAUGAGGUCCCAGCAAGACCUCUUUCCUCCUUCUGGCUGAUUUGAUUUCAUACACCUGCAUGUGUCCCUGUGCUAAGGCAUAGGGGAGAAACCUGGUUCUGUGUUGUCCCAGGGAUAUAAUUUAACAAAGAGCAUAGAUGUGGUCUGCUGCUGGUGAAUCCAGCCACAUGUUUAAUAUACGUGGUACCCUAGGGGGGCCGUUCCCAGUUCAGAAUAACCAAGGCCAGUAAACUGUGGCUGUGUCCACAAACGAGGAGAAUGAGUUCACCUGAGACAACCAGCUGGGAAGAUUGAUGCUGAUGUAAAUAAUACAUAACUGAUCUUGUCCUCUAGGCAGAUAUUCGUUGCUUGUAGCUCAGGGACCCACUAUAAUCACAUAUCUCUUUCUGCCAGCUGGACCCCCCAGCCUCCUGCCCUGUGGGCAUGAAAUCACCCCUCUAUCUGGCACCAGCAUUGGGACCAUCAGUCUGAGAUCCAGAACCAGCGAAGGAGCCCAGGACAAAAGAGAAGGGGGAAUGGAAGGCAAAUAAAUGGGAGAAUCUCUCAGCUGUAUUCACUGACAGCAUCCUUUAUAGAGGGUCAUUCAGGAGUGGGGCAGCUAGGUGGCGUGGUGGAUAGAGCACUGGCCCUGGCAUCGGGAGGACCUGAGUUCAAAUCUGACCC